CGGGCCGGCCCGCGGGGAUGGCGGGAUCCCGCGGGGAUGGGCGGCCUGGAGCCGACCUGCCUGUCCCCACAGAUCCCGCGGGGGAGGAGUGAUGGGGCUUGGAGCUGCCGAGCGGGGCCAGGGGUUGAUGCUCCGCGCUUGUGCCAGCCCGGGAUUCAGGGAUGUCUGAGGUUUUGGGUUUAUCCCCCCACCUUGGAAUGCGAUGGGGUCCUGCCACCAGCCCCUGGCACAGCCGUACCCUCCCCGCGUUGGUUCUCUCCAGCCUCUGCCUCCAUCCAACCCCUUUUCCCACCCCCACGGCUGGGUUUGGGGUUAAUUUUUGUAAGGUGGUUUGGGUUUUUUUUUUUAACAGCCUUUCUCCUCAGUGACCUCAUGUCUGGCAGGAUCCCAAGGGAUCCGAGGUGGGAUGUGAGGCAGCAGAAGGACCCCGGGGCAGAGGGUGUGGGGGGGACACCAAGUACAUGACCAGGGGACAAAUCCAGCCUGAGAUUUCCCGGGGAAAGGGAAUAACCAGGACGGAGCCAUCCCUGGGGGACUGGAGGUGUGAACAGACUGGGAAUGGUGGGGAGACACUGUGUCCCGUGGAGUGACAGCCCUGAGUCACUGCUCCCUCCUUCCAGGACAGAGCCAUCCCUGGGGAAUGUUAGAGGUGUAAAGAGUCUGGAGUGCUGGGGGGACACCGUGUUCCAUGGAGUGACAGCCCAGAUUCUGCUCCUUCCCCCCAGAACAGAGCCAUCCCUGGGGGAUGCUGGAGGUGUGAACAGUCUGGAGUGGUGGGGGAGACACUGUGUCCGGGGUGACAGCCCAGAUUCUGCUCCCUCCUUCCAAGACAGAACCAUCCCUACGGGGUGUUAAAGUUGUGAACAAGCUGGAGGGACACUGUGUCCCUGCCCUGCCCCACAGGGUGACAGCCCAGAGUCCUCUCCCUGCAGGACCAUGGGGGACACAGGACCUUUGGAUCCCUUGGUGGUGGUGGGACCUGCAGCUCCUUCCCCUGCUCCAGUGCUGGGAUGUCCCUGAGCACAGGGAGCAUCCCGGGACCCCUGGCCUCAGUUUCCCCUUGUGCCCCCCAAGCUCCCCGAGCUCCGGGUGGUGGUUCCUGGGCACCUCUCCUGCCUCCUGGGUGUUCCAGAGAGCUCCAGUGUGGGCCUGUUGCCCUUAAAAAGGCAGCAGGAGUUUGGGAGCUGCUGGUUGGCCUCUGCCAGGGCCACGGGCCUGGCGGCUCCACUCCCACUGCCAAGGGCUGGGGUGGCUGCGGCCCCCCCGAGCUGUGUCCAGGCAGGGGGGCACCCACAGAGCCCCGUGGAGCUCCAGGCUCAUCCCACCUCCCAGAUCCUCCUGGGGGCACCCACAGUGUGGGGCUGGGAUUUGGACUCACAACUCCUGGCCUGGCUCAGGCUGAGGAUUUAGGGAAUUGAGGGGCUUUGGGACCAAAAGCCCAAAAAUGGGGGUGGAGAGGAGAAAACCACAAGGAGAGGCAUCUCCAAAGCACAGAAUUCUGGAGAUCCCGGGGAGCUGAGGCCGGGAGGAGGCGAUGCACUGACCCAGGGCCUUUCCAGCAGUGCCAAAUUCCCAUCCCUGCUUGGGGUGUCCCCACGGUGGAGCCCCCACACCCACCUCCCCAGGGUGGGGUUUCUCCAUGUUCUCCCGGGAACUGGAGUUACUUCCACCUCCCUUUUCCGAGCCUGUCACUUAUAAGGAUGUCUCACUUGUUUAUCGGAGCGGAGCAUAAAAGGAACAGACUCACAACUGGGCCGUUGCCUCCCAAAGCAUCCCCACAUACAUUUUUCCUACAAUAAUUAAAGUGCUGGGUCCUACCACCAGCCCGAGGUCAAUUUAAUGAAAUAAAACACCUUAUAUGGCCAUAUGGCCAACACACCAUCACUGAGCCUAUUUAGGGUCUUUGUUUAGAGAGGAUCCGCCUCUGAGGUUCCUCGGGCUCGCUGGUAUUUAUACCCACGGCACAGCGGGGCUCGGUCCCAGAGGAAAGGAGCUCUCGCCUCUGCGCUUUUCCCCCAGGUCCCCCCUGAGCACCAACCACUCCCAGCCCCACCAUGUGCGAGGAGGAAACCACUGCCCUGGUCUGUGACAAUGGCUCCGGCCUCUGCAAGGCCGGCUUCGCCGGCGACGACGCCCCACGCGCCGUCUUCCCGUCCAUCGUGGGGCGGCCCCGGCACCAGGGUGUCAUGGUGGGCAUGGGGCAGAAGGACAGUUACGUGGGCGACGAGGCGCAGAGCAAGAGGGGCAUCCUCACGCUCAAGUACCCCAUUGAGCACGGCAUCAUCACCAACUGGGAUGACAUGGAGAAGAUCUGGCACCAUUCCUUCUACAACGAGCUGCGCGUGGCCCCCGAGGAGCACCCGACCCUGCUCACCGAGGCCCCCCUCAACCCCAAGGCCAACCGGGAGAAGAUGACGCAGAUCAUGUUUGAAACCUUCAAUGUCCCCGCCAUGUACGUCGCCAUCCAGGCCGUCCUCUCCCUCUACGCCUCCGGCCGCACGACCGGCAUCGUCCUGGACUCCGGGGACGGCGUCACCCACAACGUGCCCAUCUACGAGGGCUACGCGCUGCCCCACGCCAUCAUGCGCCUGGACCUGGCCGGGCGGGACCUCACCGACUACCUCAUGAAGAUCCUCACUGAGAGGGGCUACUCCUUCGUCACCACCGCCGAGCGGGAAAUCGUGAGGGACAUCAAGGAGAAGCUCUGCUACGUGGCCCUGGACUUCGAGAAUGAGAUGGCCACGGCCGCCUCCUCCUCCUCGCUGGAGAAGAGCUAUGAGCUCCCUGACGGGCAGGUCAUCACCAUCGGCAACGAGCGCUUCCGCUGCCCCGAGACCCUCUUCCAGCCCUCCUUCAUUGGCAUGGAAUCUGCUGGGAUCCACGAGACCACCUACAACUCCAUCAUGAAGUGCGACAUCGACAUCCGCAAGGACCUCUACGCCAACAACGUGCUGUCGGGCGGCACCACCAUGUCCGGCAUCGCCGACCGCAUGCAGAAGGAGAUCACGGCACUGGCCCCCAGCACCAUGAAGAUCAAAAUCAUCGCCCCCCCGGAGCGCAAGUACUCGGUGUGGAUCGGCGGCUCCAUCCUGGCGUCCCUCUCCACCUUCCAGCAGAUGUGGAUCAGCAAACCCGAGUACGACGAGGCCGGACCCUCCAUCGUCCACCGAAAAUGCUUCUAAGCCCCUCUCCACCCUGUGGUGGCCACCCUGGCCUGGGCUGGGGGGCCCCACUCCUCCUCCUCAGCCCCUGCUGCUCCUCCUUCCCCCCCACUGCGCAUUAAAAAGCCUUUUCU